AUGCCCUGUUCAGUACCUAAAACCCUUUUGAUCAACGAGGAGAACUUGCUUUCUUGCUGUAAAAGAGGAGAGGAGAGAGAAGAAGAAAUGGAUUCUGGUAACAGCGGGAGUUUGCAGUCAUCUAGUGGUGGUGAUGAAGAGUACGAUUCACGCGCCGCUUCGAUUUCCGCUUUGAUGAAUCAUCCAACAACUCAUGUUGGCUCCAUUUCUAAUCCAUUACAACCCCAUCCCCAACUACCGCCACUGCAGUCUCAAUCACAACCACACACCACCAACCACCCAGCGGUGUUUGACCCACUUUCAUACUAUCUACGAUUUCAAAACCCGAGCUCCCUUUUCAAUGCAAACAUGGUAUGGCCCAAAAGUACUACUACACUAGGAUCUGAGCCUACUUCCACUGGUAUCAUCAACCCCAUACUUGCUUCACCUAAUUUUAUGGCCUCUUUCACUAAUCACUCCCAUAUGGUUCCGUUCUCUAGCGGUGUAGACAACCCUACAAGUGAACCACAGGUUGCUACGGAUAACACAAUAUCUGAUAAUCAAAAUCAGAUUCAAGGCCAGAAUCAAACGGCUGCGCGUAACCCGAAGAAAAGAACAAGAGCCUCCAGGCGUGCACCGACUACUGUGCUAACCACAGACACCACCAAUUUCAGAACCAUGGUGCAGGAAUUUACAGGUAUCCCAGCGCCACCCUUCACUUCUUCGCCUUUUCCAAGAAGCAGACUUGAUCUUUUUGGUACACCCUCUAGCAUGAGAUCUAGCCCCUUGGACACUAUACAACCACCCUAUCUGCUGCGGCCUUUUGCACAAAAAGUUCAGUCACCAACCCAAUUUCUAUCUUCUGCAUCCUCUUCUUCCUUGUUAAAUUCUAGUUCUAACAACAAUAUUGUAACUUCUGGUUCUUCAUCUGCCGGUGCUUAUAAUUUAACUCCUUCCAUUAACUAUCAACUGGCUACCGAAAGUUCGAAUCUUUCCAACAUUUUCCCACUUGCCAAUUCAGCCAUGUUAGGCUCAUCAAAACCUCGAGUUUCAUUGGAAAUUCCAUCAGAUGAUCAUUCACAUGUUAAAAUAGGGGGCUUGAGUGAAUUCAAUCUAGGUCAUGUCCAUGUUAACACAAGCAUUUCUGGGCUUCCAAAUCUCGUUUCUUCUGAUCAAAUGGCAUUGAGGGAUGAUAACAAUGCAACAAACUGGAGCAAGAGUCCUUCAAACAACGGGGAUCUACCUCAGAUGACACCUGUUAAUAGUAACUACAGUUUAUCACGUAAUGCUACCAGCGGAAAGCUCAUUUAUCCAGCUUCUUCAUCAAGUUUUCACGGCGAGAAGGGGCCUGAUAAUGUUGCACCAAGAGGUGAAGGUAUGGUGGAAUCAUGGAUUUGUUCUUCAGACUAG